CUCAACAACAGUAAACAAUGACUUAGAAAAGUUUAGCGAAAAGUCUUGCAAAUCAGUUGUGCUAGAAGAAGUAAACCAGCAUGAUUGAUAUAUUAUGUUGGAUUCCCAUGUGUGAAGAAUAAAAGAAACUACAGAAUUAUAUAGAAAUAAGGCGUAAAUAAGCAUAGGUUCUAAAUAGGCUACCUAACGAAAAUAGGCCUAGUAGGCCUAGUUUUAAAGGACUUGGCCUAUGAUCAGAAAUUUUUUUGAAAUGGCUUCAGUCAAGUCAAAAGUAAAAGGAAGACAACGAAUCCACAUUCAAUGCAGUAAAUCUACAUCGACUAAUGUUGGUGUUCUUAGUGGAAAAGGAAUACAGAAAUGUGAAGGCAAAAGGAAGGAAGCGAAAGAGAGAUUAAAUGUGGACUUCAGCGAAAGUUUAAAUGAAAUGCUCGUAAAGAUAGAUUCAAUUCCACUGGACACCGACACGAUUCACUCAAUACCCUCCACUCUCUUCAACCAGCCCAUCAACACCAAGUGUUCUUGUGGUAAUAUAGGAAACCAGAAAUCUCAGAUUGCAGGUGGGAAGUCUCUGUCCUCCGAUUCAGACACCGAUGAUGAAGAUGAAAUCAGUAUUGGCAAGAUCAUAGAUAUGUUGAAUGUGCACACUAGAAAGGCAUUACAGAAGGACAGGUCUCCAGUUUUGACUAAUCUGGUGUCAGGUUUUAGACCAGGAAAUGAGACAUUACACGCAGUCCAACUUCAGCAGCUGAAACUACUGCUAAAUGGAAACAGUAAUACUGUUAAAUCAUGUGUGUUGGUGUUGUUGGCGAAACUUAGUGCAAUAAUGGCAAAUGCCAAGGCAAUUUUUGAAGCUGGAUUUCUCGAAAAGUUAGUGAAGGUUGUUGAAGAACAGGAUAUUCUACUCUUGAAAGAUGCGCUGCAUUGCAUUGGCAUGCUAAUCAGUCAUGAAGAGUUAUGUGACUCGUGGCUUUUGUUGAUGAUCCAACGAGGCCUUCCGUCACUACUGACCAUUCUUCAGUCAAAUAUUGGUGAAAAUCUGCUUGUAUCAACUGGCUCGGUCUUGUCCGUCUUAGCUGUUCGUCAUGAAAUUGCAGUUUUACUGGUUGACCAUGGUAUGCCGGUCAUCAUCGGUGCUCUACAACUAAUUUCAAAACUUCGUGAACCUGUAAUAACAAUGCUUACUCAUGUAAUAUCCCAUAAUGAUCAGUUGAUGGCUGCUGUGAUUGACAACUAUGUUUUUAGAGAAAUUGACAUGGCAUUUAGAGUUGACCUUUGUUCUGAACAAAUAGCUGCAAUGGGUUUCUGCUACAAAUUGUGCCAAGAUUCAUAUGGAAUAGCAAGUAUACUAGAAGAAGAUAAACUAAAAUUACUGGUUCAAGUCACUCAAGCAACCAAUUGUGUGAAGGUGCGAGGUUUGGGUGUGAAGAUGAUUCAUGCUUUACUUAAAUGUCAGGAAACUAACAUUCUUAAGGAAUCCAUCGUGCAGAUGGGCAGAAUUCAUUGUGAAGGUAACAACUUGAGAGGGAUGGCAGAUGUGAAACUAAUGCAGAAACACACUUCUCUUGGUAUGAAAAGACAAGAGACUAAAUCAAGGACAGAAAGAGGUGUUAUGUUCCUGAGCAAGAUGCUAAUUAAUUUGCUGUACAGAGAAGGAAAGGUGAUUGUUGACUCGGAUGGUAAGGUGCAGUCGGUAGGGUUUAAGGCAGCUCAUGAUCCGUACUCCACGAUGUCUGUUUUAGUUGCUUGCUUUUACCUGAUAUCUACUCUGCCACUAAGUCGAUCAAGAACAAGAACAACUAGCUCAAAUAAAGUCCUAUUUCAAUGUUUCAGUAGUAAACAUCGAAAGGUAAACUUAAACACAUCCACAUAUUUGAUACAGAAUGGAGCACUGAACGUGAUACACAUCCUUAAUUCUUACUGCAACCUGUUGGGAGAUGGUAGACGAACUCGGCAAGCCACUGCAUCCGAGAGAUCUCUUGACACUCUGCAUUUGCAAGCCAUCAUGAAGAUUUGGCAAAAGGAAGAACAGGAGCAGACGCCGCCAUUAAAUCUAGCAGAUGUCUUAGUUCCGUCAGAAUUAAAGUUUCUUUUGGAAAUGUUGUCGCUUAUGAAGUUAUUUAGCCAGAUAUGUAGCACAGAAUGGAAUUAUAACGUCAAAGACAAGCUACAGGAAGCUAUUGCAGUUGACCAGGAAGUUGGAAAAAGCUAUUAUGAUGCACCUGUAGAUCAAUAUGCACCACAUUUGAUAGGUGAUUUGAAAAUUAGAAGUACUGGAGAAGAAACAAUGCCAGCCAUUACUGUCAAAGAGGUACUGGACUCUGGUGAUGGCCUGAUGGAAAUCCAAGCUGUGGAAAUGAAUGCUAAUCCGGAUGGUGCUGGUUUGAUUACCAAAAGAAUUGCAUGGGAAGAGAGUGAAGAAAGAAGAGAGGUGUCUGAAUCGAUUGAUGAGGGCACUAUAAAUACAUUUGAAAGACCAUUAUUAGAGACCUUGAAUGAAGCAGGAUAUGAUGUAAAGGCAGAUGAUAGUGUGUUUGAACUCCAUCAGAAGUUACGGAUGAAGCUUUGUCAAGAAGGUCUUUUUGAUGCACUCAUGUCAUUGGCCAGAUGUGGAGUUCCUCAACUUGAAGAAGAAAUAUUGGAAACCUUGAAGUGUCUACUACAGCCUGUAAAACCACCAAAACUGACCGAUCACCAUGAUUCUAAAUCACCGCUGGUUAAACAGAAAACUCUGGAAGAGAUUUCAAAAUCUUUGGAGAUGCGAGAUAGGUUGCUUAGCAGUGUCAUCAACAGUAUGAGUAAGAAGACAGCUGAUGUGAUGAAAGAGGCUUUGAAAACAGACUCACGAAAGAAGUCAUCCAAGACUGUAGGAAACAAAAAGAAAGUGGAUGCUAAACAAUUGUCAAAUUUUAGAACAUCCAUUACUAAUUCACCGGAGCGGUUAUCAUGGCAUUGUACAAUGCACUGCUUGGAGAUGGCAGGUCAUGUGAUCAAAGGUUUAACAGAUCGAGAAGAUGGCGCAGUUCAAAGGUUACUACUCAUUCUUUAUGAUAUGCUGUCUUUUGGAGAUAUUACAGUUCAUAUGAAGUUGGCGUCUAUUGGUUUAAUACCAGCCCUACUUGAAUUUAUUUGUAAGGAGCAUCCGAAUAUGUUCAUCAGUCUCCUAGCUGUUAUUGUACUGCAGAAGUUGACACAUGACCUCCGACUAAAAGAAAUGUGUAAAACCGAAGGUAGUUUUUAUGAACUAAAGAUGAAGUUCUCCAGUACUUACAGAGGGAUAUUGAAACGCGAGCUUCAGUUCUUCUUCAAAAGAGUUGAAAUUCCAACUGAUUCCUUGGGUCUGGAUAUCAAAGUUGGAUACCCUUCCACAUGACUUCGACAGAAAUGGGUUGAUGAAAAAAUAAUAAAAGGAAGGAAUUAUAUGAUAUAGAGUACUGAAAGGUCCACUGAUUAAUCUCAGAUACUUACUUUUACUUACUGCCUGUUAUGCCUUUGGCAUGUAGGGCAGCAACGAAGUCCUUCCACUUAGAUCUGUUCUGGGCCAACCGUUGUAUGGUACCCCAUGUGUGCCCCAGACUCCUCAGUUCUGUCUCCGCAGUCCGUCUCCAGGUAUUCUUCGGCCUUCCUCUCUUCCUCUUUCCUUCUGGAGUCCAGAAUAGAGCUGUGCGUGUGAUGUCAUCUGAUUCUUUUCGAAGUAUAGGGCCAAUCUAUCUCCAUCGUUUCCUCAGAAUAGUUUCCAUGUUAUUCAUUUUGCAUCGAUCUAAUAGUUCCUCGUUGGAUAUGGUGUUAGGCCAGAAGAUACCCUGUAUCCUUACAAGGCUCUUUGUAUGAAAAACAGAGAGGUUAUGUAUGUCUACCUUCUCAGAUAAGAUAGUAUAAUACAUACUCCAAGUAUCGAAAUGCACGCCAUCAUGUCGGGAUUCAAUAUUUCAACAUUAAUUAUGUCAUCAUCAGGAAUCAAGUACUAUAGAGUACUCACGAUAAACUGACAGGGAAGUUUGAAUAUUGAGUUUUAUUAAGUGAUUUUAUUAUGUGUGAAAUUUUGUAUCCAAUGCUACAAAUUUUUUAACUACAUUUCAUACUUGAACAUAUUUCUUGUUUUUGAAGAUUUUGCUCAUAACAGGAAAUAUUCAAAUAAAUACAAUUUUAUAUUCAUUUGUUUACUGUAGAUUGAUGGAAACAAGUUUUAACAAGGUUGGAUUGAUUUCAGAAUUUAAAUAAAAAUUCUUGCAUAGCCUUUUAAAUUAGCUGGUUAUCAAUUAGGGAUUUUUUUUGUAGUAAAAUGUUGGUAAAUUUGAAAAAGAAAAUCCAUUUGUUAAGUUUUAUUGAUCCAUGGAGUGUACAUUUUAAAAUACAUUUUAGGAACAAUUUAUUGAAUGUGAUGUGUAAGUGUAUGUGUGUGAUUAUUAUUGUUAUUAAUUAUUAUAAAUGUUGGCCCCAGCUAACACAUUAUGUUUGUAUCAAACUAUGACUUUUCGACAUAUCAAUAACAUUGUAGAUGUGCCCUGUUACAUAAAUGUAUGUUCAAUAUAUAUUGAGUAGAGAUUCAAGUUACUACCUUCUGAAGAAUUACAUUUGUUCUGGCCGUGAACACUUUUGAUGUCUUGAAUAUUGUACAGCCAAUACUAUGUGAAUGCUAAAUGAUUAUGAUUAGGAUUGAAAUAAUUUCUUACACUUUUACCUCCAUGUAUUGGCUAUGUUAUAAGACCAAUAUACGUGCUUACUUACAAUAAAAUCAUUGUUAACUUAGUUUAAAUUGUUUAUUUUUUGAGAAAUUAUAUCAUUUAAUAUCUCAUAUCAUUUAUUUCAUCUUUAAUUCAACACACGAAAAAAAAAUGGGGGGAAAAUAUUGUAAAAAUGCUAGCCAACACCAGACGGGAUUGCUCAAAAGUGGCUUUAAACAUACUGGCUGGGAGCUCAACUAUUUAACUUUAUAUACAUGUCUAAAAUGUGGCUGUAAUUACACUUUUCAGUUCUCAACUAUUAAGUGGCUUUUGAGUCGAUUAAAAAUAUGUUUAAAUAAAAAA